CUUGCUUUAGGUGGUAGAACCUAGACGGCGGGCACCAUGUUGUUUGUUUUCGGCGUUUUAGCGAUUGUCUCGCUCCACGAGUCUGCUGCUUUGUCAGACAGCGUGUGUCAUGGCUACAGGGCUGGCGCCACAUGUCAGGUUGACGCGUUGUUCUGCAGCGGUUGGUACGUUCGCGGAAAGUGUUCAGGGGCGUACAACAGGAAGUGCUGCGUACCCGGAUACGGCGACAGGCGCUGCACCAGUCAGGGGGGCACUUGUAAGUUCGCCUUCAACUCGUGCAGUGGUUAUUUCAAAACCGGGUUGUGUGCCGGACCGACUUCCAGGCGAUGCUGCACGUCUUCAUCUUCGUCUUCCUCAUCUUCAGGAAUAGGAAAAGGGAAGGUUGACUACCAAGGAUACGCGGUGUCCGACGCUGAUGUCAGAAGGAAGCUUCAGGCCAUUGCCAACUUGUACGGAAAACGAGUGUAUUUAUUCAGCGGCGAUCGGCCCCACCAGUCCAAUAGCAGGUCUCAUCAUUAUUUUGGUCGCGCUGCCGACUUCUGGAUCGAAGGUGAGGGGUCUGGCCGGGCGAUCUUUAAUCGGCUGAGAUCAAGCGGCAUUCUGGCCAGGGACUACCAGGUGAUCUGGCACGGACGUGACACCUGUACCGGCGGAGAGCAUAUCCACAUCGGUCACUAUGGAGACAACAGGAGAACCUGCUGGGUCAUAGAGGGCACCUCGCACGCCAAUAAGUGCAGCUAUAAUUGUCAGUGAUGUCAGCUGUCAGUGAUGUCAGCUGUCAGUGAUGCCGAUUGUCAAUGAGAAAAAAUAUCGUUUUGGAAUUUUGGACUUAUUUUCUGUGAAGUUCUGCUAAAAUGGAAAAUAAACCGAAU